ACAAAAGGGGACAAAAGCGAAACCGGUCGAAAGGUAGCCGCGAACGGUGCGAAGCGCGGCCAGUUGGACCGGCCGCGAUCGCGUUGUCGAGGUUAUCUCUCGACAUCUCGCCAUCGUUUCUCGUCCCCGAUAAUUUUUCGUAACCCCUCGACACGCACACGCGCACGCACACACACGAGAGAGAGAGAGAGAGAGGCACAAUUUUGGUCUCUCGCACAAAUCGGUAUCGGAAAAAUCGUUGACGAGAUGCCGUCGCAGGGGAACGAGUCGAGCGGGAUAGCGGCCGCGUUGAGGGAGGUCGAGGCGAGGGAGGCGACGAGAAGGAGAGUCCUGGUGGAGAGGAGGAUCGAUGUUGGAAAGCGCGGCGGCGACGGGAUGCCGGAGGACGAUCGGCGCGGGGAGGUGGACGACCCGCUGGACGACGAGGAGGUGUGCUUGGACCUUGGGGAGCCGUCCCAGGAGGUGAUCGAUUACGCGAGGCGGGAGCUCGGCGAGACGGACGACGUGAAAUGCAGGACUCUUCAGGAGCUGAGGGACAUGAUUUACGAGAGGGGGGAGUGCCUGCCCCGCAGGAUGGACGACGAUUUUUUGAUCCGGUUCUUGAGAACGAGGAAUUUCAACGUUAAUCGGGCCCAUCGAUUGAUCGUGAAUUACUGCAACUUCAAAGAGGAACACCCGGAGAUCCAUCAGGACAUAAGGCCCCUCGAGAUGAAGUACAUCGGCGACGACGACGUUGUCUCGGUGCCACCGUACAGAACGCAAUGCGGAAGGAGAAUAAUGAUAUAUCGGUUGGGCAAUUGGGACCCGAGAAAGUAUUCCGUGGAGGAGAUCUUCAAAGCGACGAUCAUCAUUCUCGAGCUGGGCGUUUUGGAGCCGAGGGCGCAGAUCCUUGGAGGGACGGUCAUCUUCGAUCUGGAGGGCAUCACCAUGGCCCACGCGUGGACCAUCACUCCUCAGGUGGCCAACAUGGUGAUAGCCCUGAUGGUGUCGGCGUUCCCGAUGAAGACUCACGCGAUACACAUCCUGAACCAGUCGUGGGUGUUCGACGUGAUGUUCUCCGUGUUCAAACCGCUCCUCGACCCGAGGAUGCAGAAGAAAAUCUUCUUCCACGGCGGGAACAUGGACAGCCUUCACAAGCACAUCUCGCCCUUCCAUCUGCCCAAGAGGUACGGCGGGAUCAGGGACGAGUUGCCCUACUACAAGUGGAUCGACAACCUGAGCAAGGUGCCUCAGAUCGUGAAAGAGAUGAAGCAGCUCGGCUACAUCGUCCCCGAGGAGAUACUGGAACAAUUGGGCCAAUUGAUCGAGGAUUGAAUCGUCCAUACGUGGACAAUUCGUCCCCCCUCUCUUCCUUCAAUCUUCCCUCAAUCUCUAAACAAUCGUACAACUUUUCGAGGAGGCAUGGCGCGAGGUAUUGAUUUCCCCCUCCUCCUCCUC